AUGCAACAAAACCAAAUGAAGGAAAAUUUUCUUAAUUCCGCAGCUACAUGCGCAAUGCUUAUUAACCUCAUCCUUACCGUUCUGAUUUUUAAAAAAUCUCCAAAAGCAUUUGGUUUUAUUUGAGCUUUCUUUUUGUAUUUUGUGGAAAAGCCUGACUUUUUUACAGUCAGCAUUUUUUCUCGUUGUAAACCUGGAAAAUUCAAUAUUUCCACACACAAUAUCGUGCUUCCUGAAUCCUCUUCACUUUAUAUAUCGUUUCCUGAGUAUCACUAAUAAUUCUUAUUUGAAAACCUUCAAUUCAUGGUUAAUUGUGCUCUGGUUUUCUGCUCCCCUUGGAAUUGGUGCACUGUUCAUGUUCACGGGAGAAGUUAUUCUUGGUGCAAAUUCAGAAUCGGACUUAUUCAGGAGAGAUCAUUAUUCAUUGUUACUGAAUAAUGCAACAACACUAGACACGCUAUAUUAUGUGGGGCCAUUUUUUUGGCCAAAAAACAUUUAUUCAAUGGAAUCGUAUUUUAGUUGGAGAUGCGCUUUUGGAUCUAUCAUAGUCAUGGGAGUAAUUACUCAUUCUAGCGGAAUAAUGACAUAUUGUGGAGUUAAAGUGUAUCUUAGUUUGAGUAAAUUGAUUAUUCAAACUAGCAAUUCUCAACAAUUCCAAAGUCUUCAAAGGCAAAUUUUCAAAGCGUUGGUCUUGCAAACCAUGUUGCCAUUUAUCUUGAUGCACUCUCCGGCUGCUUUUGUUUACAUAGUCAUAUUUUUCGAAAGAGCAACUGAAUUGAUGGGCGAAACUUUGAGCAUAACUAUUGCAAUGUACCCUGUAUUAAAUCCUCUUCCAACAUUAUAUACUAUUGAGAAUUAUAGGAAAGCAUUGAAAGACUUUUUCGUUUCAAUGAGAGGGACACUUCUGAAGAAACCGGCAGUAACUCCAACCCUUAAUACAGUUUAG